AUUACCUUUGUCUUUUGCAUCCUUUCCUUCUCCAUCCACUCAAUGCUGUUUCUGUUUUCCCUUCUACUAGCUAUCACCUUUUUCCACUAACUUAUAUCACCUUUCACAUCUCAAUCUCUCUCUAUGCCUCUCACUAUCACUCAUCUCAACUUCCUCUCUUUCAAUUAGGGUUUCUUCUCUUAGCUUAGACUACUUUCUCACUUGGAGAGAAAAAAAGAGCUUCUGAAGGAUAAAGUUACUUUCCUUUUAGUUUAUUUGAUCAAAGAACCUACAUCACAAACAGGGAAUAUAGGUUAAGAAAAAUGGCAUCAUCAUCCAGCUCAUACAAUUCACCUUGUGCCGCCUGCAAAUUUUUGAGGAGAAAAUGCAUGCCAGGAUGCAUUUUUGCACCAUACUUUCCACCAGAAGAGCCACAAAAAUUUGCAAACGUGCACAAAAUAUUCGGUGCCAGCAAUGUGACAAAGCUUCUCAACGAACUCCUCCCACACCAAAGAGAGGAUGCAGUGAACUCACUUGCCUACGAAGCCGAAGCACGGGUGAGGGACCCUGUUUAUGGCUGUGUAGGUGCUAUCUCUUUUCUUCAAAGACAAGUUCAGAGGCUCCAAAAGGAGCUUGAUGCUGCUAACACUGAUCUUCUUCGUUAUUCACUCACUGAUAUCCCUCCACCUCCACCGUCGUCUCUUUCUGUGCCGCCCGGAAUGGUGUCAGUUCAACAAAUGCCGCAAAGACAGUUUAGUGGAGGUGUUUAUUCUUCUUUUCCUUAUUCUCUUCCUUGGACUGAUACUUCAUCAGAGGACAUGAGUGAGGGUGGUGGAGGAGGAAAUCAUUUGUGAACUAAUAAGUUGAGUAUUAACCCAUCUAGGGUUUAUACUUUUUGAGACAUUGCCUGCAAUAUUCUUAUGGCGUGAUGAUAUUAUAUAUGCAUCUAUUCUGGACUUUGGCUAUGAAUAUGUAGCCUUAAUUAUUGGACUCUUUUAUCUACGUGAUUGAAGGUCGGUCUACUGUGUGAUUUAAUAAAGCUUAUUUGAUGGCUUCUCUUUUCUA